AUCUCUCUGCACUUCCCACUCAGCCUCCCAUGGCCGACCGCGUCCAUCCCGCCGAAUCCCCCCGCCCGAGCACCUCCUCCGCCGUAUCUGACUCCAAGCCUCCAUCUCCCUCCGCCGACAAGCCUACUCCGGCUCCCGGCACCUACGUCAUCCAACUCCCCAAAGACCAGAUAUACCGCGUUCCGCCGCCCGAAAAUGCUCACCGCUUCGAGCUCUACACUCGCCGAAAGAACCGCCGCAGCCGCUGCUGUUUCUGCCUCUGUUGGCUACUCGGUAUUCUUGCUGUCCUAAUCGUUCUUCUAGGCAUUGCCGUCGCGAUUUUUUACUUAGUCGUUCGCCCUAAAUCGCCUAAUUACUCGAUCGACGCCAUUGCGAUUAGAGGACUUAACUCCACCGCUUCAUCCUCAUCCGCGAUCUCUCCAGUUUUCGAUGUGGCCGUUCGAGCAGAUAAUCCAAACAAGAAAAUCGGAAUCUAUUACCAGACAGAUAGUUCAGUUCAAAUCUAUUUCUCCGAUGAGAAGCUUUCCGAUGGCGUUUUGCCUGCUUUCUUCCAACCAGCGAACAACGUCACUGUAUUCCAAUCAUCCGUGAGAGGCUCCGGCGUUAAUCUAUCCAAACAAGCAAGCAAAGCGCUAAUCGAUUCGCAGAAACGGCGUGCGGUGCCGUUCAAGGUGGAGAUUCGAGCGCCGAUUAAACUGAAAAUAGGAUCGGUGAAGACUUGGAAGAUCAGAGUAAAGGUAACCUGCGAUGUGACGGUGAAUCAGUUGGCGGCGGCGGCGAAGAUCGUUUCAAAGAAUUGCGAUUACAAUGUGAAGCUCUGGUAGGGAUACGAAUUAAGAAAGAGCUUUUUAUUUUUUACUUUUGUAAUUUUAAUUUUACUGUAGACUUUUGUAAUAUACACACACACUUUUUUUUUCUU